UUUAAUAAAUUUACCAUAUGUGCUUUGUUAAAACGACUAUCAAAAAUGUAAAAUGUCACCAAAAGACCACUGUGAUAAAAUCCAAAUUAAUCUGUUGGACCUGUAUUAAAUUUUAUACAGAUGGAAACAAUUUAGCUAUGCUGUAUCCGUUGUAUAGAAUAUAUUAAUAAACUAAAAAUACACAUGCUGUUAAAAAAGCUUCAAUAAGAACUGUCUCGUAUAUGCCCUAGCCCCUAGUUACUUAUUAACCAAUUUCCAAUGUUUCAAUGUAUCUCAGAUCCAGAGUACCUUCUAUUGUGUGGUUUAUUGUAUACCAUUAUAAGCUGUUUGUAGUGGCGCAGCCAGAAAAACUAUUGUUAAUAUAUAUUUUUUAAUAUAUUUUUUUGUAAAAGGGGGUUUGUGACUCUGGUUGCGUCGCUAGCUGUUUGUGUUAACGUAUGUAGACACUACCGUGCUAUGUGUGAUGUUUUAUGAUUAUGUUAUAUAAUGUAUGUAAUAUCUUCUGUUGGUGCUACUAACGUAUGUUUAGUCACAAAGUGUCAUAUAUUGGUAUUACCAGCAUAGGCGCCCAAACAUUUUAAAAAUCAGGGGAGUUAAAUUCACAUUCCUGUUAACAAGUUUGGGUAAAUUUUUAACUGAAUAUUGCAGUGCAGAAAAUUCUAGGGUUGGCCCAUAUACCCUGCCACCCCAGGUUUGGUGACUAUUCCUACUGUAUAUAGUAUGCCUUGUGUAAUUUAUAUGUUAGUACUAUUAGUGUAAUUUUAUAUGUUGUCUAUGUCAUAUAUUAUAUGUUUUUGCUACUCCAAUCUGUGUAAUAUCAUAUGCAAUUGUCUUGUAAUUACGUUAUUUUAAAGCUAGUGCUUUUAUUGCUGCGUGCAUUUACCGGCUGCCUAUGUUGUAUUAAUUGCUUUCAUUGUAACUUAUAGUACUGUGGGAUAAGAUGAAUAUAUUAGCUUCUAAAUCUCAUUUUAUCUGAUCAUUUUCUUAACAAUUAACAACGCUAUUUUAGAGACGUGGCACGUGGGGAUACGGUUAUAUAAUUCUGUAAAUAUUCUUUGUUUACUACCAAAUGCGAGGAUAAAAUAAAAUCAAAACAUUUCUUAUCUUAUCCCAACUUACUAUAUGUUUUCUAUAUGCAGAGUAUUAUAGGUGAAUAUAAACAUAAUGGCAUUUUGUAAAGUAGCCGCAGCUAAGACUGACUUUGCUCUUGGGCUGUACAAGGAGUUGUCACAGAAAGAAGAUGGGAAUUUGUUCUUUUCCCCGUACAGCAUUUCCACUGCACUGAUGAUGACUCUGCUUGGAUCAAAGGAGAAAACAAGAGAGGAAAUGCUGGAUGUUCUCGGGUUGAAAGAUCUUAAUGAAAGUGACAUCAACUCUGGCUUCCUCCAAAUACUGCAUCACUUGAGGUCUUCCAGAGGAGAUGUUGUCUUAGAAAUGGCGAAUAAAUUGUUCCCGGAAGCCACCUACAAGUUGGAGAAAGACUUCUUAUCAAAGUGCAAGGAAUUUUACGAAACAGAGAUUCAAGCUUUGGAUUUCAAGGGAAACCCUGACGCUUCCAGGGAAGCUAUCAAUGCUUGGGCUGAAAAAGAAACCAGCGGCAAAAUCAAGGACUUGUUGCCAAGUGGUUCCAUUGACAGCCUGGUGCGUUUGGUCUUGGCAAAUGCAGUUUAUUUCAAAGGAAGUUGGUUGCACAAGUUUAAGGAGCAACAGACAACUAUGAAGGAUUUUCAUAUCCGAGAAAAUAAAGUUGAAAAAGUUAACAUGAUGUUCAUGGAAAGAAAAUUUCGAUUCAACUUUGAUGAGAGUCUUGGUCUGCAAGUGGUUGAAAUACCUUACAUUGGAAACAAAUUGUCAAUGGUUGUUUUUCUACCAACAGAACGAUUUGCUCUGAACAAGAUUGAAAAUGCCUUAACAACUGAGAAACUACAUGGCUUGCUUGCUGGACUGUGGGAAGAAACAUUAAUGCUUUGUUUGCCACGAAUGAAAUUUGAACAAGAUUUUCAACUCGGCGAGGUUCUGAAAAAAAUGGGAAUGAUUGAUGCUUUUAGUAAAGGGGCAGCAAAUUUUGAAGCGAUUUCUGGAUCAGAGUCUUGGUCUGCAAGUGGUUGAAAUACCUUACAUUGGAAACAAAUUGUCAAUGGUUGUUUUUCUACCAACAGAAAGAUUUGCUCUGAACAAGAUUGAAAAUGCUUUGACAACUGAGAAACUACAUGGCUUGCUGGCUGGACUGUGGGAAGAGACAUUAAUGCUCUCUUUGCCACGAAUGAAAUUUGAACAAGACUUUGAUCUUGGUGGGGUUCU